AUGGGCUCGACCGACUUUGGCAACUUCAAUAAAUUCUGCAGAGAUUCUACUCUGCCAGUCUGCAACCUUCUAACAGACAAGCGCAACCAAACGGGACCAUGGGAUGGCUGUCAAUUGACCGGAAUUCCCCUCAGUGGAGGUCGGCACCUCGGAAACCUUGGCUCCAUCCUCCUGGCUGCUAUUGCCAUCCUCACAUCCGUCUUCUUGCUGCUCAAGUCGGACAAGAAAAAGGCGGCUGUUGGCCGAAGGGAAAUGCAAUUGUUCCUCAUUGGCUACAUUAUCAUAAGCAUUUGUGAAAUCUUUUCCGUCGGCGAAUUCCCGCUCUCUGGCAAAGUCCGCGUCGCCUUUAGCGCUAUUCACAUUGGCAUGAUUAUUGCCACGACUUGGAUUCUCAUGCUCAACGCUGUAAUCGGCUACCAAUUGAUUGAUGACGGCACUGUGCUCUCUUUGAGUCUCGUUCUUGCAUCCGCCGCCGCCUUCUUCAUUGGUACUGGCUACAUUGCUCUUGAUACUGGCUUCGGCUUCACUGGAUUCUGGGACUCGAGUUACGCCCUGCCCAACCGCAACCUUGCUCUCUACGUCCUCUAUCAGCUUGUGCCCCUCAUCUUUCUCGUCGCUUUCUACGUCCUCGAGGUCAUUCUCGUCCUUCGCAUCCUCGGCGAAAUUCGUCCCAUGCUCUACCUGACCGGCGCUGCUGUUCUAUUCGCCAUCGGUCAAGUUUUCAACUAUACUAUUUCGCCCCAUAUCUGCAACGGAACCAGCGGCAAAAUCGACGGCGCCCUGUUCCAAACUCUCUUCACCCUCUUGUCCGUUGUUGCUGUCUGGGCCUUUUGGUCCAGCAUCACCGAGGAUGACUGGUCAACCCAGGAUAGCACAUACCCCUAA